GAGCCAAGAUCCAGACCUGGACCUCUCCUGGAGUGGCUCCGCUCGCACCGAUGGAUGCAUGGCUUUCCACCUUGCAAUCUGCCACGUCGCUCGGACGUGCUCUCUGCGGAAGCCCCGCGGCACGCGUGGCGAAGACGUGCUGGCCAAUGAUGCAGCAACCACCAAAAACUACGGCCACUGCGGAAAUGGUCCAAGCGAGGCGAUGGAGGCGGCGCGGUCGGCGCUGGAGGAGUUGACCUCCAUGGGCUUCGAGGCCUGUGAGGCCACGGAAGCGCUGGAGACCUGCCAGGAUGAUCUCGUGGAAGCCUUGGCUUUCCUGUCGCAGCGCCACAAGAAGCGACGGGUGGAGGGAGGCCAGAAGCCUGCCUUGGAAACCUUGGAGGUUGAGGGCAUCAAGUGCAGUGUGACGGCAGAGGGCGAGCUGGUGAUGCUUCUGCCGGGCGACGAGCUCCGUGGUGGGCCUGUGAUCGGGCACCGGAAGGCGGACGGGAGUUUGCUCUUUGAAGGAAUGGACGACUGGCUGUGGGAGCUCUAUGAAGGACAUCGGCCACGUGAAGAGCUGGAAGGCGAUCUUCACUUUGACCCCGCGGCGGUGCGUGCCGCCUUGGAGGAGGGGGCGCCUUAUGUGUGGGACGGCUUUGCCAGUGCUGCCGAGAUCCAGCAGGCCCAUGCUGCGCUGGAAGAGAUGUUCCAGAGGGGCCAGCUGAGCCGUGGCAGCGGCCUUUGGGUGGACGAAUGCAACGAGGGCGGCCACGCGAGGAACCGGAAAGCACUGGAGGGGCAGCAGCGUGACGAUGCCUGUGGCUUUUGGGAUGUGCAAGGUGGUGCUCCAGCACCCCCUGCGCCAGUGCUGAAGCUUUUUCACCGCUUGGAGGUGGCAGCUGCCAGGCUCCGGAGUUCCUUCGGAUGGCCAUUGCUUUGCAGCCGCCUGGGCAUGGCAGCUGUCUAUGAUGGCCAGGGCGCGUGCUAUGAACAGCACCGGGACAACGAGUGGCAGCGGCACCUAAGAUCGCGGACGCCCCAAGGCCUCCUUCCCAAGACUGCUGCGGAAGCGCAGCAGCGGCGCUUGGAGUUGGGCGAGUCGGGUGGCGCGCCGAUGAAUUUCCGAGAGCUCACCAUGCUAGCCUAUGUGAAUAUGCCAGAGGACUUCGGAGACCACGCCGUGGGCCGUGCCAAUGGUGGCCGCCUGCGGUGCUACGUGGCCACGAAGCGCGGCGACUUGAGGGGCGACACGGCGCAGCAGCUCCAGGAUCUGGAGCCUUUGGGUGGCCGAGCAGUGAUCUUCCGCUCCAAGGACCUGCUCCACGAGGUCUUACCGAGCUUCUGUCGCCGCUAUUGCCUCACCUUCUGGGUUUGCACCCCGCAUUGAGCUCAA